UAUAUCAAUAAAAAACACAAUAAAAUGUUUUGUACAUGAACUGAAGCAAUGUGAAAAGGAGACAAUAAUAGACCACAGAAAUACGAUACAUGGAUUAAGAGAGGAUGCAUGCUACAAUAGGAGUGCAUCAGCCUUCACCCUUACACUUUAGUGAUAACACUAUGUACUCAUUACGUAAUAAAACCACACGUUAGCCAUCCAGGGUUCUUGGUAUUAUAGUUACUUCGGAAACAACGGCCUUGGACCACGUUGUAAGGAUUGAUGAACGGUCUUAAUAGAAAGAUAGUUUGCCACCCGAAAUUCUUUCACAUGAACUAUGGCCAGACCUCAUCAACAACUUCACAAUGAAGACACAGCAAUGUCUCUUAUUGGCAGAAUAUCAGAUGUUUACAACUCAACUCUUUCAAAGGGAGAUCCAAGGGUGGAGAACUGGCCGCUGAUGGAGUCCCCUCUACCAUGUACUUUGAUCCUUGUUACCUACUUCAUCUUCCUUCGAACUGGACCGAGAAUGAUGGAGAAUCAGAAGCCAUUUAACUUGAAGCUCAUCCUGCUUAUCUAUAACGUCAUAAUGGUCUUGCUUUCACUCUACAUGUGCUAUGAGUUUCGAAUGUCUUCAUGGCUUUCCAACUAUAACUACAUAUGUGAUCCUGUCGACUAUACAGAUGACCCGCUUGCACUGAGGAUGGCGAACGUUUGCUGGUGGUACUUCUUCUCCAAGAUAAUCGAACUCCUGGACACCGUCUUCUUUAUCCUACGAAAGAAAAACAACCAGGUCACAGUUCUACAUGUCUACCACCACAGUACAAUGAUUGUUAACUGGUGGCUUGGGGUGAAAUACGUGGCUGGGGGACAGUCAUUCUUCUUAGCGAUGUGCAACUGUUUUGUUCAUGUGAUAAUGUACUCUUACUACGCCCUCUCGGCCCUUGGGCCUCACAUGCAGAAAUAUUUGACAUGGAAGAAAUACCUCACACAACUGCAGCUGGUCCAGUUCUUCAUGGUUCUUUUCCACACCGGUCUGAACAUCUUCGUCGAAUGCUCGUUCCCACAAGGAUUCAACUACGCAGUAUUUUUGUACGCAAUAUCUAUGGUCCUGCUCUUCGGUAAUUUCUACAGCAAAUCGUACCACAAAGAAAAGACGGAAAAGGACAAAUCAUAAUUUUCGUUAGUUUUGUUCUAGUUUUUUAUAUAUAAAAAAAGAAACAAGGGUAGUACUGUGUGUAGUUGGUAUCAAUAAUGCAUAUAACACUUUUCAUGCUUAUUAAUGAUAGUUAAAUAACCUUUUUAAAAAGAAAUGAAGAUAGUGCCGUGCCUACCGGGAAUCUAACCCUUGAUUUACAUGGUAAUUGAGCAAUCGGGCGCCAUGGCUUGGACUGACCACACGGUCACGAAAAAUAAAGCCCAGAUCUGAGUGUCCCCUUUCCGAAUUUUCGGCUUUAUCGAUUUAUUCCAGGCUAUUUAAGGCAGUACCGGUUUCCAUAGUAGGACCUGAGCACUUUGAGUAAAGGUAGGCCUACGGUAACUUUAAAACUUAAAAAUUCAUCAGCCUUUCACCACCCGGGUCUCUGGUUUUAAGGCAAAAGGACAAUUUUGUAAGAGCCUCAAAAUAUCUCAUUUGAAAACUUGAAAAUUGUAGAGAUUUGUAGUUUAGACAUAUUUUUAUAAAUACUUGUCAAAUUUUUAAAGCUUCAAUCUUUAUCUAUUAAAAAUGUAAAAUAAUUGAAUCUA